GCCCCGCGGCCCAAGCCUUCUCCGGCCGCCGCUGGGCCGCGGGCGGGACGCCUGGGGCGGCGCGCGCAGGAGGAAGCGCGGCCGGCCGCGGCCCGGGAACAGCCCAGACGCCCGAGUCGGGAACGCCGGCCGCGUCUCUAUCUGCCAGGUGCGCGGGGUUGGAGGCGCAGUCCUGGGCCGUGACCGUCGCGCGCCGACCGGCUUUUCCUCCCGCUCACCCCGUCCGCCCGGCCUCUCAGCGCCCGGGGCCCGCACCGCCAGCUGCCCUGAUCCGCCCGCCGCGCCCCCUUCUCGCCCCCCGCGAGUCCCUGCCGGCGGCGAGCUGAUGUCCUGAGCUUGCCGCCCGCGGGCUGUGCGCCCGGCCGGGGGCUGCCUGGGAAGUUGGGGCGAGGCGUGCCGGGUAUGCGCCAUCACCAUGUCCCGCCUGGGCUCGUGGCUCGAUGAGGUCCUGUGGCUGGUCUUGGUGGCUCUCUUCGUCGUGGCCCUGGGCACGGUGGGCCUGUACCUGGCGCAGUGGGCGCUGGCCAGGGCGCAACCCCGCUCCCGAAGGCGGGCGGCGGAGCCUGGCGACUGCCAGCGCCCAGAGUCGGAUGCGCUGCUCGCCUGGAUCCUGACUCUGAACAGCUGGAGGAGCCAGUGGCAGGCCGCCUGGGUGACCGCCCUGAACGAUGAGGCCAAACGGAAGGGGGGCCCGCUGCUCCUCUGCUUCCAGGAGGACCUGCUGCAGCCACCCCUGGAGCUGACUGUGCAGCAAGUCUCCAGCGUGGCCCGGUCGGCCCAGGAGAAGGUGGUAUUCUGCCACGCGGUGGGCGAGACCAUCCAGUUCCUGGUCAGCACGGGGCCACCCUCGCCUGAGGACGCGGGGCGCUCACUGUAUGGCGUGCGGCUCUCUCCGCUCCAUCUACAGCUGGAGCUCCACAUGAAGGAGAAGAGGGAAGACAUUCAGAUCAAGUGGUCCUUCAUCAGCACCCCAGAGAUGGCCAUCACAGUCCAGCCCAAAGUCCUAGGGGAGGACCCGGUAGCUGGAACAGAGGCAGUCUCUGAGAGCCUCAAGGACAUUCUGAAGCAUCUGGUUAGCUCUGCCUCCCCAUCGGUGGUGCUGAGCACCACGCCUGCGGACCUGAGAGAAGUUCAGCAUCUGCAGCGCACUUCAUCCACUCAGGAAUCCUGCCCUCCCAAACCUCCAAGGGCUCAUGACCUCAAACUGUUGGUGAAGAACAUCCGAGUCUCGCUCCUGAGCCAUCCUGGUGCUUCAGGCAAUGUUAACCCAGUGUGUGUAGUUCGGCUGAAUGAUCCUGUGCAGAAGUUCUCCAGCAGCCUCGCGAGAAACAUUACUGCCCUCACGUGGGAAGAGGAAUUCACCUUUGAGUUGAAUGCCAAGUCGAGGGAGUUGCACCUGCAGAUUUCAGAUGGCGGGCAGUCCUCAGAAGCUCUGUUGGCGAUGACGACUGUCCCCUUGGAUUUGUUCAAGAAGCAGCCUUCCGGGCCUCAGAGCUUUACGCUAACCAGCGGGGCCUCCUCGGGCAGCUCGGUGUUGGGUUCAGUUACGGCAGAGUUUUCUUACAUAGAACCCGGUGAGGUAAAGCCCUGGCAAAUGCCUCCGCCUGUUCCUGCUGCAAAGAUAGAAAAAGACCGCACUGUGAUGCCAUGCGGGACCGUGGUCACUGCCGUCACUGCCGUGAGGACCAAGCCUCGCUUCGACGCAGGGAGGGCGUCCCCGCUGGGCUCUGCAGAGUCUCCCCUGAGGACACCUGUCAAGGUGAAGGUCAUCGAGAAGGACAUCUCGGUCGAGGCCAUCUCCUGCCACGGUGCCCCCGUCAGCAAAACAUUCUCUUCCUCAGACACAGAGCUGCUGGUGCUGAACGGGGCCGACCCGGUGGCUGAAGUCGCCAUCCGACAGCUCAGCGAGUCCUCGAAGCUGAAGCUCAAGUCCCCGAGGAAGAAGAGCACGAUCAUCAUAUCCGGGGUCUCCAAGACCUCACUAUCUCAGGACAGUGACGCAGCCCUGAUGCUGGACUACGCGGCCUCCAUGGAUGGUGCCCACCAAGAGGAUGCCCCCCAGGACCAGCCGGAGGCGGCAGUGACCUCUGCCCCACCCGAGGAGGAGGCCCCAGUGGGGACCCUACCGGCCCUAGAGCCCCAGGAGAUAGAGCUAGACUCCUGGGACUUGGAGAAGGAGCCACCCGCUGGGGCAUGGGGUGGCCAGGCCCUGCAGGACCCCGAGGGGGACGAGUUGUCUGAGAGCUCUCUGAGUGUGUCAGAGUUGGAGCCAGCUGCUGCCAAGAAGCAUAAAGGAGGAAUUUUAAGGAAGGGUGCCAAGCUCUUCUUCCGACGGCGGCACCAGCAGAAAGACCCCGGCCUGAGCCAGUCACACAACGACCUCGUGUUCCUGCAGCAGCCUGAUGGGGCACGGAGGAAGGGGGUGACGCUCUCCCGGAUCCUGAACAAGAAGCUGCUCUCCAGGCACCGGGGCCAGAGCACCCUGAAUGGCGCCUCCUCGGACCCCUACCCAUAGGCCAGCGCCCCCUCCCCAGGGAAGCUGCAGGUGCGGACCCACCAUCACCACCUGCUGGGAUACAGCCAGAGGGCCAGCGAGCUGCUGGACGGCCGCCCUGUCCACCGUCUAGCUGGGGUUUUUCCAACCAUUUUGUCUUUUAAAGGGGGAAAAAAAACAGUCUCCAUCCAGGAGGUUUCCCUGAAGAAAAUCUGCAAAGCCCAAUUUGCCACCAGAAGCCAGGGGACCCGAAGACUCCACCGUUUGUCUGUGCUCACAGCUGAGGAUUGAAGUUAGAUGGGAGGAUACUUCCCGUGCGAGCUGUGGAACUCACUGUAAGGGACUGUGGAUGGGCAGCUGGGGAAACGAGCUCGGUCCUCCAUGCUCUAACCUUGGCUGGUGCCUGGACCACAUAGCAAAGCGGACGGUCCCUCCGUGCUGUCACUGUGAAUGGAAUGGAUGGGUCACCUCUCCUGAUUGGCUACUCAGAAUAAAAAGUGCGGCAGCCCCUGCGGACUGAGAGGAGGGACGCAGGCAAACAGAGAAAUCACCGCAGUAAUGGAAACACUGACAAAUAUAGGAAGACACUUGCCUUUGAUAUUAGCCAUAUAACUUGAAAAAUUAUGCAAAUACUAAAUAUAUCCUAUGCAUAUUAUGCUGAACACUUUUCUAAGUUUACUUUGAGCCUAUUUGCAAGUAGGAGAUAUGUAAAUCCUUAGGUGGUUUUACAUUUUUCUGAAUAGCGUCAGAAGCUAUAAUAACACCACAGAGCAGUCAACACACGGAAUGUUUUCCCUGCCGUCUGCCGUCCGGGCUCACAGGAGAGCAGCCAGCCCAUCAGAUGAAGUCAGGAGCAAUAAACCACAGGCACAAGGUUGUGUUCACCAUACAUAUGUGGUUUUUCUUUAGUUCAAGGUUUUGCCAAAUAUUGCCCAUAGCUGAAACAAAGUACUAUCAGGGCAAAGGAGGAAAUCAUUUUAUGUCUCAGGUGUGAGUCUUAGGAAUGGAAGUUUAAUAACAAAUGAGCCAAACAUACAUCAGAUUUCUUUUAUGAGCUCUUCAGAAUGCUACUGUGAACGCUGCUCAGCCGCUCUUGGGAGGCCCUUGUUUUAAUUUCCAGUGGGAAAAACAGUGAGCUUGGCACACGAUGUUAGUACCCUAUGGAUCUUCCAAACCACCUUCCUCAUCAAUUCGCCUUUCCCCUGGGGGAAACCACGUUCCUCAACCGUGAGCCCUUCCCCUGGGGUCCAGUCACAGGUUUUCACUCCUUCUGGAUGAGGCACUUUUAGGAGAAAUGCUUAUUAAGGAGCACCUGUCAUCCUGAUGACAGGUUUUGCAUAAGAUCCAUGUUUCUUCGUAAGACUCAAAAGCAAUUAUGAAAACUUGGCUUCUGUCACAGAUAGGAAAUUGGGUGAGUGCCUUUCUAGAGGUGCUUUUGUGACUCCUUCAACAUAUACUUCAUGGGUAAGAGAGCCAGGGAUGAGCAGAAACCUUUAUAAAAAUCAAGUUUAUAGAAUUCUUUCUUUUCCUACUUUUUUUCUUUUUGAGGAUGAGAUUAGAAAAUAACAUUAAGAAUUUUAUUAUAGGGACUUCCCUGGUGGUCCCGUGGUUAAGACUUCACCUCCCAGUGUAGGGGGUAUGGGUUCAAUCCCUGGCCAGAGAGCUAAGAUCCCACAUGCCUCGUGGCCAAAAUCUAGAGUAUAAACAACAGAACCAAUAUUGAAACAGGUUCAAUAAAGACUUUAAAAAUGGUCCACAUCAAAAAAACUUAAAACCAGGAAUUUUGUUUUAAAACGCACUAUUCAAAAUCCUUAGGUGUCCCAAGAAUUAUCAACUGACUGUAAAAUGACUUUUUUAGCAUACAUUGCUUUUAAAGAUUAUACUCCAAUUGUUAUCACUGUAAAUUAGCACCUGACAUUCAAAAAUAUAGUAUGUUCAUACCAAGUUAGUCCCCACAGACUAGAAAUCGCUACUAGUCUUUUGGAAGCAAUGGUCUCAUUAAUGUUCUGUUUCACUUGAGGGAUUCUUGUCCUUUCUCAUGUGCUCGGCAGAACAUGUGACAUUUCAGAAUUAAUUCUAAGAGGGUAUUGUGUGUGUCAGAAUGUCAGGCACUGAUCAGAAGUUGUCAGUGCAAUUUUUUAUUUGAUUUGAACUCGACUUACUUGAGUGUGAAGGUGUCAGAGUUUUACUUUCAGCUUUCUCGCUCUAAAAGAAGUCGUAGCCAUUCCCAUUCCUGAACAACCCCACGAGCAUCCUGCUCACUGCUCCAUACCUUCAUCCAGGGCUCUGCUUCUCAACUUUCUCAAGACCUGACUCCUUUUCAGGGUCCUGGGGAAGUGUCAGGGGCUUUCCGUCCAACCUGUGAGGGAGAAGCACAUGGAUUAACACAAGAGGGAGUGUGUGCUGGCGAGAUGCGUGUCUGCUGGUGUCUGUGAGAUGCACAUCAAGAACCCUGCACAUUUAAGUCACUCCAGGAGCCCACCCUCCAGAUGCACAUACAUUAGUCUCCCACAAAUGCAUUUUUCUGAAGUGACAGAGGACACUGACAUAGGAAUAAGACAGGAAAAAUGAAAGGUAGGGUCAGGGUAGUGCCGUGAGAACGUGGGCUGUAUUGAUACUGUGAAUGUUUCAUUUCCAAGCUGUUUAUCCAGGUGUAUUUUUUAAUAGUGUAGGAUAUUUAUGUUAAAUGUCAUUGACACCGAACAUCAAUUAAGAUUAUACACCAAAUGCAAAACCUACUUAUUGUAAACCACUUCAUUCCCUUUACCUUUUCCACACGUGAGAGUGGUUUGGGGGCUUUUGAUAUUGUUUUGAUGAAAUUUCUUGCAGAGUGGUGCUUUGAAAGCAAUUUCUCAUGAACACUAAUGUUAAUGUGUAUCUGUAUGUCUGGAACCAGCUGCUCAUGUCGGUUUUAAUAAGUUGCCAGUACUUCUAUUGGAUUUGUUUAAGGAUGAGCCUGUGUUACUUCCUGAGGAAUGAAAUGGACCUUCAGGUGUGUGUCUGUUAUCAUGUAGCAUCAACAGAAGUACCCACCUCAUCAUUCUGGCUGAAAACCUGCUGUGAGGAAGAAGGUUUAGACCGAGCACUUUAUUUCAACCAGGUCUCAAGUUUAAGUCCACAAGCAUCCCUGGAUUUCUAGAGAGAACUACCUGGCCUGCCGCUGCCAGCCAGUGACAAGCUGGGUGCCUGUCCAGAUGUUUGAUUGGCCUUACUGGUCACAUCUAUAGAAGGAUGCUGUACCUUUUCUCCUUGAACAGAAGGGGAAAGGUUAAUUUACACUGCUGCCAUUCAAUUCAAAUGUUUUCUGAGUAAUGUUCUCAUGGCCCUCAGUCUUGAAACUUGAAAUAUAAAUUGGUGGCUGUUGGAAGCCAGAACAUUUAACUCCAUCAGAUGAAAAACAGGUCUAAGCACCAGCCUAGACCUUGUUGCCAGGUCCUGCCACCACCACCCCAAACCUGAGAAGGUGUGAUGACCAAAGCAAGCGGCUCAGGGACAUCAGCACUGCUAGUCCUACGAAGCAAACUCAGGUUACACCUCUCUGCUUCCUUCUUUUUUUUUUGGCAUUCCUUCCUUCCAGAUGAGGAAGCAGUCAAAAUGCAACAAACUGUCCCAUUCACCCUGGAGGAGGAAAUGGCAACCCACUCCAGUGUUCUUGCCUGAGAAAUCCCAUGGACAGAGGAGCCUGGCAGGCUACAGUCCAUCGGGUUGCGAAGGGUUGAACAUGACUGAGCACAGCACAGCUCCAUUUCCCCAGCUUCCAAAUGACCAGUAAUGUGCCAUUUAUAAUUUAGGCUUAUAGUUCCCCCCUCCCCAGUGUUGUAUCAAAGCUACAAUUUUUUUUUUUUUUUUUAAAGAAGAAAACAAAAGGGUUUCCAGGUAUGUGGAGAGGUUUGGCUUGAUGACCAAGCAUGGUGAUGAAUUUAACCCGACCGUGAUUGUAUUCCUGGGUAGCACUUUAAAAACAGACUGCGGUCUCGUACUGACCUUGUGUGGUUGGGUUCAUUCCGGGAAGAUGUGGCUGGAACGCAAAUGGUCUUGGAAGGAAAUAAACGGGCCCACAGAACACUAAA